CAUAGCAAUGGAAUUGAAUGUGAAGCAAAGUGGAAUUGUGGACAGGCUGGUCUUUUCGACGAACUUCAGAAUCAAAAACAGAUGUUUAAGGAUGAUUUGUCGUGCGGGCUUCACCGUUGUGGACCAUGUGCAUCUCUGGCUAGUAAUAAUCUCGGUAGAAAGUCAAACAGUGGUGAGAAUCGCUUGGUACCUGGUAAUCAUGCUGUUAUCGUCGACGCUGAGGGAUUGAUGCGUUUCAUUGACAUAUUCGAUUUCGAUCUCUUCCAAAACGUUAUUAUAACCCAAAACGUUUGGGAAUUUGUCAAGCAGAAAUCUGUCCAUACCUACAAGAAGCUCAACAAAAUUAUCUACGAGGACAAAGAUCCUCGAUUUUCUGUGUUCAUGAGCGAGUUCCACCAUAAGACAUUCGUACGACCUGAAGCGUAUCUCACUGAUGCUCAGAGACGUGAAAAGGUUCUAUGUGUCUGUGCUGAGUAUCUAAAUAUUCAUUGGGCCAAAGAUGACAUUUUACCUGUGAUAUUAUGUGCCGAGAGUGACGUCGUAGCAAGGCUCAAAGUUCACUAUGAAUUUUCUUUCACCGUCAAGGAAUAUGUACAAGGCUGCGAUGGAGAGGAAAAUUUGUACGGGAUGCAGAGUCCUAAGAAGUGUGAGCUGCUUGAUAGUAUGGCGGCUUAUGACACUUCUGCUGUUGAUGGCAAAAUCAUUUAUGAAAACUAUCUCUCUCACGAUGAAAUUGAUAGAGGUAUAACUCAAGGAACAAUUAAGAAGGGUGCCUUUUCCGUAUCUCGUGAGAAUUAUCGCGAGGCAUAUGUGUUGGUGGAUCCAAGUACAAUGACCUCAUGGUUCGUUCAAGGUUUGAACUGUAACAGAGCUAUUGACGGUGAUAUUGUUGCUGUUCAGUUGUUACCCGAACAUGACUGGACAGUGCCUGAAAAGAAAGUAUGUCUCCGAGACGUCGAGGAUUUCGAGGUGAAAGCUGAUGACGAAGUUGGAAAUGUUGAAAAGGAUGAAGAACCGAUGAGGAAGCAUGCUAAAUUAGCUGCGAUGCCUACUGCUAAAGUUGUAGGAAUAAUGAAAAGAAACUGGCGGCCUUACUGCGGUAUUCUGAUGCGUAGCCAACUGAAGAACGCUCGUCGUCACCUAUUUUGUCCGAGUAAUCGCCUAAUUCCACGAAUCCGGAUAGAAACUGAACAGGCUGAUAUUCUGGAGAAUCAGCGUAUUGUGGUAAGCAUCGAUCAGUGGCCACGUGAUAGUUCUUAUCCACUUGGACACUAUGUGAGAGCGCUUGGGAAAAUUGGCGAUCGAGAGAUUGAGAAUGAAGUGCUCUUAUUAGAACAUGACAUUCCACAUGCGCCAUUUUCGGAUGCCGUUCUUGAUUGUUUGCCAGAUCACAAUUGGAAACCAGAGUUGCAGUUACCUCGAGUUGAUUUACGGCAUCUUACAGUUUGUUCAGUAGGUUUCACAAAUUGUUGA